CCAGGGCAUCUACGACUGUUCUUGCGCGCAAUCCUCAGCAAAAGUAACCUGGAAGCUACCUGAUAUCUAAAUGGCUCCAAAGAACAAGGGAAAGAAGGGAAAGAAGCCGGACGACGAUGAGUUCUGGGAGAAGGCCGGCACCUCUAUUGCGGGGAACAACAUUGAGGCCCCUGCAGAUGCAGGCGAGGCAUCAGAUGACGAUUUCAAGCCCAAGGGAAAGGGCAAGGCUAGCGGAUUCUCCGCCUUUGCAGCCCUCGGAUUGGAGGAGCCCCCAGUGGACGAGGAUGGGGAGGAAGAUUUCGGUGGAUUGAUGUCGGUGCUCAAGGCGUCGAAUAAGAAGGGCAAGAAGGACAAGAAGAAGGACAAAAAGGGUGCGAGCGACGUCAAGUUUGAGGAUGGGCCCGCACCCGGGGACGGUUCGGACGGCGAAGCCGCGGCGGCCAAGGGUGACAUCAGUGCACCAAAGGCACCUGUGCAGAUGACUGCUGAGGAGCUCGCAGAUGAGGAGUGGGGUCCUGUAAAGAAGGACAAGAAGGGAAAGAAGGGUAAGAAGAAGGGGAAAUCGACACAGGAAGACGAGGCAGAUGAAGAAAAGCCUGCCGAGGCACCGGCCGCACUCGCGCCUGCGGAGGCCUCCCCAUCGCCUGCACCUCCCGCGGAGAAGGAUGAGGACGAGGAAAACGCAGGUGAUGGCGCGCCAAAAAUCUUGUCGAAAAAGGAGAAGGAGAAGUUGAAGAAGGAGCGAGAAAAGGCGAAGAAGAAGGCUCAGGCAGCAGCGAAGAAGGCAACGGAGGGUGGCGAAGAGGCAGCACCCGCGGCACCUUCAGAACCUGCCCCCGCUUCUGCAGCUGCGGCGGCUGAGGCCGAGGACGAGGAAGACGAGGGAGGUGCCGAAGGCGGUGCUGGUGGAGGCGAUAAGAAGAAGAAAAAGAAGAAGAAAGCCAAGAAGGACGAGGAACCCGCGCCCGCGCCUGCGGCGGCGGCGGGGAAGAAAAAGGGAGCCGCGGGUAUCAGCGCGUUGAAGGCGCUGAUGGAAGAGAAGAAGCGUUUGGAGGAGGAAGCGCGACGGAGAGAAGAGGAGGAGAGGAGGCGGAUCGAGGAGGAGGAAAGGAGAGCAGCGGAGGAGGAGAAGCGGAGGGAGGAAGAGAAGCAGAGGAAGAAGGAGAAAGAGAAGGCCAAGCGCGAGAUCGCGAAAAAGGAGGGCCGUCUUCUUACUAAGAAGCAGAAGGAGGAGCAGCGUGCGGCUGAAUUGCGCAAGCAGGCCCUGCUCGCGUCGGGCGUUCAGAUCGAAGGCUUACAGCAGGGCGGCGGGUCCGUAGACAAGCCCAAGCGCGUGGUCUACGACAAUCGCAAGAAAAAGAAGGGCCCGGCGAGCGCAGCUGGCAGUAGUGUACCCGGUACCCGCGAUACUUCGCCUGUGCGCGAAGAGAAGCCGGCUACUCCCGAGCCCGUGCCUGCUCCUGCGACUCCCGCGACUCCCGAGCCUUCAGCGGAGGAGCCGCAGAAGGAUGAGGAUGUCAAGGAUGACUGGGAGGCAAGUAGCGAUGACGAGCAGAAGAAGGCAGACAGCGUGAAGGACUCUUGGGAUGCGAGCAGCGACGAGGAGGAAGAGGCACCCAAAGCCAAGCCUGCCUCUACACCUGCGUCCAAGGCCGCUGCAACAAACGGCUCCGCGACUCCCACAAAAGACAAGGCCGCCGCUCUUGCCAAAGAGGAGAAGGCGCAGAAACCGAAGGUUCCCGUACCACCGACCAAGGCAGCUGGCGCUCCAAAGCCUGCCAACGGCGCCGCGUCAGCGAAGGGGGAUUCUGAUUCCGAGGAGUCCUCUGACGAAGACUCGGAUGAGGAUUCAGACGAGGACUCUGACGAAGACAGCUCGGACGAGAGCUCUGACGAGGGUGGUAUGACCACCGCGCAGCGCCAGGCUGCACAACGGAAAGCGGAGGCUGCGGCGAGGAGGCAGAAGGCGCACGAGGAAGCUCUUGCCGCACGGAGCAAGGACAACCUCCGCAGUCCCAUUUGCUGUAUUCUUGGACAUGUCGAUACCGGUAAGACGAAGCUUCUAGACAAGAUUCGUCAAACGAACGUCCAAGAAGGCGAAGCUGGAGGUAUUACGCAGCAGAUUGGUGCGACGUAUUUCCCGGUCGAUGCCAUCAAGACCAAGACGGCCGUCAUGAACAGGGAUGGUAGCCAGGAGUACAAGAUCCCUGGUCUGCUCAUCAUCGAUACUCCCGGACACGAAUCGUUCACGAAUCUACGGUCUCGUGGUUCCUCGUUGUGUAACAUUGCCAUUCUUGUCGUUGAUAUCAUGCACGGCCUCGAGCCCCAGACGUUAGAGUCCCUUCGUCUUUUGAGGGACCGCAAAACGCCGUUCAUCGUCGCACUCAACAAGAUCGAUCGUAUCUAUGGCUGGCAGCCGAUCCCCGACAACGAUUUCCGCACCUCGCUUGAAAAGCAGUCGCGCACAGUGCAGCGCCAAUUCGAGGAUAUGUCGAAGAAGAUCAUCGUCGCAUUUGCCGAGCAGGGUCUCAAUGCCGUUCUCUACUACGAGAACAAGAACUUUGCUCGUAACGUCUCGAUUGUCCCAACCUCUGCCGUGACUGGCGAGGGUGUGCCCGACAUGAUCAUGCUCCUCGUUAAUCUGACGCAGCAGCGUAUGAGCGAUAGACUCAUGUACCUGUCCGAGCUCGAGUGCACGGUGCUCGAAGUCAAGGUCAUCGAAGGUCUGGGUACGACGAUCGACGUCGUCCUGUCGAACGGUAUCCUGCACGAGGGCGACAAGAUUGUAGUCUGCGGUCUGAACGGUCCCAUCGUAACUCAAAUUCGUGCUCUGCUCACGCCACAGCCGUUACGAGAGCUUCGCAUAAAGUCUCAAUAUGUCCAUCACAAGGAGGUCAAGGCUGCUCUCGGUGUCAAGAUCGUCGCUCCCGACCUAGAGAAGGCUAUCGCCGGUUCACGUCUACUCGUCUGCGGCCCCGAUGACGAUGAAGAGGAGCUCAUGGACGAGGUUAUGUCCGACCUCACUACCCUGCUCAACUCCAUCGACAAGUCUGGGCGCGGUGUCUGCGUGCAGGCGUCUACCCUCGGUUCGCUUGAGGCGCUCUUGGACUUCUUGAAGUCGAGCAAGAUUCCUGUGUCAGGCAUCAACAUCGGGCCGGUGCACAAGAGAGAUGUCAUGCGUGCGGCGACGAUGUUGGAGAAAGCAAAGGAGCUUGCAUGCAUCCUAUGCUUCGACGUUACGGUCGACAGGGACGCGGAGCGGUUAGCCGAGGAAAUGGGUAUUCGUCUGUUCAAAGCCGAUAUCAUCUACCACUUGUUCGACGCGUUCACCGCAUACAACAACGAGAUUAUGGAGGCGAAGAGGAAGGACGCCGCUCCUCAGGCUGUCUGGCCCUGCCGUCUCAAGACCAUUGCCGUGUUCGCAAAGCGUGACCCCAUCAUUCUCGGCGUUGAUAUUCUUGACGGUACUCUUCGCGUUGGUACACCUAUUUGCGUCGUCAAGGUCGACCCUGAGACGCAGAAGAAGGAGAUCAUUGACCUGGGCAAAAUCACGUCGCUUGAGAUCAAUCACAAGUCUUACGACAUUGUCAAGAAGUCCCAAGCCGGUGGUGGUGUCGCUGUAAAGAUCGAGCACGCGGUGUACCAGUCCGCCAAGAUGUUUGGGCGCCAUUUCGAUGAGAAGGAUGAGCUGUAUUCGCACAUUACACGACAGAGUAUCGACGUUCUGAAGUCUUCGUUCAAGACCGACGUAACGAACGAGGAGUGGUUGCUCAUCAAGGCACUCAAGCCUCGUUUGAACAUCCAGUAGAUGUCGGACGACGUCUAACGGCCUAAUGUUGCAAGAAUUGUACUCGAGAAUCGAGGUCUGUAUCGAUGGCAAUUUGCGUGUGCUAGUGUGGGAAGGAGUUACGUAACGCGCUGUAUUUAUAAGCAAUCGGUCUGGCUCUGUAUCUUCUUCGCUUCGUCUCCGGAAUCUCGAGCCUGCCUCCCG